AUGGCGCGAGACGGGAUCUGGCUCCUUUGCCUCCAGCUAGUCCUACGGCCAACUCUGGUGCCAGGCAUCAAGAUGGAGAUCGCCAUCAAGAACUUCCGCACCUUACACGUUGACUACCCCAGGAUUAACUACCCGAAGGGUUUCCACGGGUACUGUAACGGGCUCAUGGCCUAUUUGAGGGGCAGAAUGCAGGACUGGUAUUGCCCUAAGAUCCACUACGUGGUCCAUGCCCCCUGGGAAGGCAUCCAAAAGUUCUGCAGAAACAGCGAGAACUUCUGCGAGAACUACAAUGAGUACUGCACGCUCACUCAGAACUCCUUCCCCAUCACCGUCUGCACCCGGGGCUCUAAAAAGCCGCCAACCAGCUGUAGCUACAACAGCACCCUGACCAACCAGAGGCUGUACUUGCUGUGCUCCAGCAAGCAAAACGCUGUACCGAUAGGCAUCAUUGGCCUCUACUAG